AAUCUUCGUCUGAAACUCAAAACUCUCUUUCUUCUUCUUCUUCUUCUUCUCCACUCCUCCGCUGUCGUAAACCCAUUAGAACCCUAAUCUCUCAUUCAUUCCAUUCUUAAAUUUGGUGAAUUUCAAGGGGGAUUAUGGUGAUGGCGGAGAAUGAGGCUGGAGAUGAUCACAAGGAGUUGAAGUCUCCAUGGAAGACUCCCGUGAUUGACGGGGAUAAGGCGGCUGAAGCUCCUGUUAUGGGAACAGAGUCUUGGCCUGCUCUUGCUGAUGCCCAUAACCGAAGCAAUACCCCGCCAGCUGCCACUUCUGCUCCAACCACUGCCCAGGGAGCAGCAGGCCAGCAGAAGUCAAAUGGGUCUGAAAACAGUAAUCCUCCUCAUAAACAUUCUUCAGUACGGCAUCAAAGGUCUGGCUCUAAGCGCAAUCCAAAUGCAGUGCCACCUUUUCCUGUACAAUACCCUCAUCGUCAACAUCUAGGACCAAUUUUUCCUGCAAUGUUACCUCAACCACCCAUUGCAAUUCCUGGGUUUGCUUACCCACCUUUACCUGGACACCGUCCUGGAUCCGAGACAACAAUGCAAACCUUUGCCCCUCCAGUUCAAGGCAUUUAUGCCAGCAGAAACAUACAGCCUCCUCCAAGGGGAGAUCCUGAUCCUUAUGCCCUCAGUUUUUCUCAUAGAAGGCCCAACAUGCAAGAACCCAGUUCCCAUUGGAAUCCUGCCUGGCAUAAUCAGAGAGCACUUAAUCCUAGAGACAAUGUUCGUAUGCAACAGGGUAUUGGAUCAAGACCUUUUCCUAGACCUCAGUUCCUUGGUCCAGUAAUGAUUGGUCCUGGAAUCCAGGGACCCAUAUACUACGUCCCUGUUGCAACUCCAGGCCCUAUGAGGGCACCUUAUCUUCCACGUUUUGCUCCAUUUCCUAUGAGUCCAGAGGCUUCUAUGCUGCCUCCAGAGACAGUAGCAUUGAGGGCAAAUAUUGUAAAACAAAUUGAGUAUUAUUUUAGUGAUGAAAAUCUUCAGAAUGAUCAUUACCUAAUUUCCUUGAUGAAUGAUCAAGGAUGGGUUGCAAUAUCUGCUAUUGCAGACUUUAAAAGGGUUAAGAGAAUGUGUAAUGACAUACCAUUUAUCCUCAAUGCCCUGCUCACUUCUAGUACUGUGGAAGUGCAGGGUGACAAGAUACGGAGAUGUAAUGAGUGGUUCAAGUGGAUUCCUGCUAAUGCUACUGCUGCAUCCAAUUCUGAAACUCAAGUCAAUGUAACUGACCCUUGUGGGAAUGCCAAUGCCAAUGAAGAUGAUCGAAGGGGAAAUACUGGAGAAAAUGUAGAAGGCCCAUUGAAUAAUGUAGUUUUGGAGAGCACAUCAUUGAGCCAAGAUCCUUCAGCAGUAUCAUGUAAAAGUAACAGUGAACCCAACACUACAAAUGUUUUGUUAAAUGUUGAAAAGCAAGAGUUUUCUGAUGAAAGUGCUGACUUGGAUAGAAAGUCAAUAUCUGAAUCCAACAUGAAAUUCUCAGAUGUGAAUGAGUCACAAAGAGUUGAUCAUGCUAGAAUUAGUGACCAUGCUAGAAUUAGUGACCAUGGAAUUAGAAGCCAGGAAUUACUAUCUGAUGUGGCUGUACAAAAUUAUAGUGACCUGUCAAAUGAUUUUGCAAACACAUUUAUGCUUGAUGAAGAGCUAGAGCUUGAGCAGAAAACACUAAAGAAGGAUGGUUUUUCACCAGUUAGAAGAUUGGAUGAGGAAGAUGAUGAAAUGGUUGUCAAUGAUAAGGCUGUUCAGAGACUUGUAAUUGUCACCCAGAAUAAUGGCAUCUGUGAAGGAUCAGAGACAGCCAGCCAAGAUUCUAAAUCAAUCACCAGUGAACUUGCUGCUGCAAUAAACGAUGGGCUUUACUUCUAUGAACAGGAACUAAAAAGUAAACAAUUUAGCCGUAGAAAGAAUAACCUUAUACAUGAGAACAAAGAUGGAAAUUCAAAGUCUCCAAGAUUUGCCUCAGGAUUAUCAUCAUUGAAGACUGGUGAACAUGCUUCUGGAAACGGUGGUCUUGAAGAGUCAGGAAGUGCCAAUUCUCGAAGGAAGCAAAAUAAAGGUUUCUUCAAGCAACAGUCAUUCCAUAAGCAAAGAUUUUUCUCUAGCAGCUUUAAGAAUCAUGGAACCAGUCAUAACUCUGGAAUAAUUUCUGAAAGUCCACCAAGCAAUUCAGUUGGAUAUUUCUUUGGUUCAACACCUCCAGAUAAUUAUGGUCCUCGGCCUUCAAAGUUGAGUUGUUCACCGCAUGGAUUUCUCUCUGGUAGUAGCCCACCUGUGGGUUCACUACCAAAGUCAUUCCCACCUUUUCAGCAUCCAAGCCAUCGGCUGUUAGAAGAGAAUGGUUUUACGCAACAGAUGUACCUGAAAUUUCAUAAGCGUUGUCUAAAUGACAGGAAGAAAUUGGGAAUUGGCUGCAGUGAGGAAAUGAAUACAUUGUACAGGUUUUGGUCAUAUUUCCUCCGAGAGAUGUUUGUUCGCUCUAUGUAUAAUGAAUUCUGUAAAUUUGCUCUUGAAGAUGCUGCCGCUAAUUACAAUUAUGGGAUAGAAUGUCUCUUCAGGUUCUAUAGUUAUGGCUUGGAGAAGGAAUAUCGAGAGGACCUAUACAAGGAUUUUGAGCAGCUCACCCUUGACUUCUAUCAUAAAGGCAAUCUUUAUGGUCUUGAAAAAUAUUGGGCAUUCCAUCAUUAUCGCGAUCAGAGAGAGCCUUUAAAGAAACAUCCAGAUUUGGAUAGGUUGCUGAAAGAAGAAUACUGCAGUUUGGAUGACUUCCGUGCCAAGGAGAAGAGUGCAAGCAUCAAAGAGGACAGCCAUUAGCCAGUGGUGUUCAAAUUACUUCUCACAAUUUUGAAAACCAAACCCUAUAGCUGGAGGAAGUUGGAGCUCAUGACCUGUGUGUUUCAUUUGGUUUGUACAAGGAGGAAAAGAAAGUUUUUGUACGCUAUUUGUAGUGGGGAUUGUUCCCACCACGUCUGUGAAGGCUGCUGCUGCUGACUCCUGACCUGAGGCCUAGAAAUUUGUCAUCCUGAAACAUUUUUUUGUUUUCUUGAGUAGUCUUGCCUGCAAAGCUUGAGGAGGUGGCUGACUGGUUGUGCAUUAAUUUGAGCUUACCCUCAGCAUUUUUGUACAUAUGGUAAAACUAACAAGGCUCAAUAUGAGAAAAAGAAAACAUUAAAUUAUGGUUGUACUGACCAUUGAAAAUUAAACAAUAAAAUGGCCAAGUUUUG